AAAUUUCCUUUAAUAAAAUUUCCUGUAAUAAAGAAAAUUUCCGCUAAUAUCUAUAUAUAUACCUAAUUCUAAAUUCUUUAUUUAACUUGUUUAUCUAAUAAUUGUCAGUUUUUAUAUUUUCUUUAUCUAUGGCAAGUUAACUGAUUAGUUUAAUAAUGUCAAAUCUGAAAAAUAAACACUUAAUAAAAAUAAUUAUGUACAUGAACAUUUAGUUAUUUCAUUAACAGUCAUGAUUCUUUUUGUAAUAUAUUUAUUUUUAUUGCUUCUAUUUUAAAAAUAUGUAAUUUGUUAGAAAAUUCAAACAUAAUCAAGAUGCAGAAAUGUAAUUUGAAAUCUGUAUAUCGAUUUUUUCUUCUAUGAUAGAAAGAAUUACAAAGAUAUCUGGAAUAUUACUUUGUAUUUUAUAUAAAGCAUUUACUAAAUGUGAUAUUUUUAAAUCAAAUGUCUUUGAUUAUUUUUUAUUUAUUUAUUUCGGCCUCGCCGGCUGUGAAAUGGACUUGGUUUAUAUUAUACUAAUUCGCGCAUUCCACAUUCCACUUAUUCCUACAACACCUCCGCCUUCUUUCUUUCGAUAAAAUUUUCUUUUUCUUUUUGUCUCUUCUACUCUAAGUAGAAAUUCAUCCCAUUUUCUAAUUAAAUAUUUUGAUAUAUUUCUAAAAGCAAAGAACAGCUAAAUAUAUUUUUUAAAUGCUAAAUGAUGUUACCACAUAAUGAGUACACAUUUAUCAUCAUUUAUAUCUGUAUAUGAAUAAAUCUCAAUAUUAAAAAAUUGAGUCUACAAUGAAAUAAAUAUUAGAAAUUCUACUUUAAUUUUAUACUUUAUUAUUUUUGAACACAUUUAUUUCUUUGACAAUUCAAAUAUGUAUCUAUAAUAUGCACUGCAUAAAGCACUUUAUUUACAUCCAAGUGUUAAUUUAAUAAGUAUGGAAACUUACAUUACAUUGCAACUUGCUAUAAGAAUAUUCCAUAUGCUCUGUUCUAUUCACAUACAAUAAAUAUUCGUUUAAUAUAAUUAUGAAUGUAAAAAUAAUUUUUUUUAUAAUAUAUGUUAAAAAGAUAAUAUAUUGAAUUAAUAUUAAAAAUUAAUAACUAAAUGAUAAUAUAAUUGCUAAAAAUAUAUUUUUCAUCAUUCACACAAGAAAUCCAUAACUUUUAUAGAAACUACAUUUUUAAAUAUUUAAUUAGAUUAUUAUAAUUGGUUAUUUGUGUAUAAAUUUUUCUUAUAGUCUAUCCUGUAAAGUAAUAUUUUUAUGAUUUUAUUUAAAUUGACCCUUGUUUUCCAUUUAUUUUCAAAUGCACAAAUACUAAAUAUCUGUUAUAUUCCAUGUACAUACAUAUAUAUGGUUCAAGUACAUGAUUUAUCAGGAAUUUUGUCUUACAAAUUUUCCAUUCUUACUUAUGAACAAGAUGAAAAUAUAUAUCAUGACGUAUCUUGUAGUCAUAACUUUAGUAGAGGGGGUGGUGCUAACAAGACUUUAACAUUCACUAUAAAAGUUCUUGCUCGAGAUACGAAGGUGCUGUUGAAAAUGUUGUGUAACAGUGAAACUGAUCGAGGCUCUAAAACUUCUCAAAUAUUGUACUUAUCAUUGUUUUUAUUUUGUAUAUCUGUACAGUUAACGUCAUGUAUGUCUGAUACAAGUUAUAAUGCAACAACUACUAUGUUAACGAAUAAUACAUCAAAUAAUUCAGUUGGUGAUGACUUAUAUGUCAUAAAAGCAAUGGUAUAUGAAAUUGGUAUAUUAACAGAUGCGGAUAAUGCAACUAACGAUACCACUGAAAGGCAAGAAGUCGAACUCUCAUUUUAUAACUCUCCUAUCGAGGACAAUGGAUCACCAUAGAAGGAUAUUAUCUAUCAUUGAUAUAAGUUAUCUAUUGUUAUCUAUUGUUCAUGUAUUUUAAAAGUUUAAACUGACAUUAUAUCAACAUUUGAAUGAAAUUUAUAUCAAAAAAUGUAAUUGUUGUAGGAAAAUUUAAUUAUUAAUAAAGUUUUACUUUAAUAUAUGUAAUGAAGUAUAAUAAUAAAUAUAAAAUAUAAAAAUAAAUACUUUUAAGAAGAUUACAUUUUAAUUGUAAUUGAUUUCACAUGUAACAUAUUUUUCUUUGUGUGAUUUAGUAUAGGAUAUUUGAAAGGAAAU